UCUGGUAGGUCCACAAUGGUACAGCCAGCAUCUUGCAGCACAAUGGUUGCAAGGUGGUGAACUGGGGAAGGGGAGGGAGAGAGAGAAAGAGAGAGAGAGAGUGAUUCAGCAUCAGAAAUCCUCGGUUCCGUCCACCUCUGCUUUUUUUCCUUUCCUCAUCGACUCUUUUUUUUUUCUUCUAUAAAAAAAAGGGGGGGUUUCUUUUCAGACACCCUGCCCCAUCCAACACCACCAACACCACCUUCGCCAUCUUUAUGAACGUUUAAAUUUAAGCCUUCAGCCAUGGUCACCGCAGUGUUUCCCGUCGGGAUGUUUUGAAAAGGACUGUCACCGGACUGGGCUCGUCAUCAGCUGGCACGGAAUGGUAUUUAUGAGCAGACAUUUCUUAUAUAACUGCAGCCAACCAAUCCUGGAUGUGAAGAUAGCCUUUUGUCAGGUGUGUGUUCCUUACAGGUAAAAAAGGGUUUUGGAAAACAAGUGGAUGUGUCAUAUAUUGCCAAACAUUACAACAUGAGUAAAAGCAAAGUAGACAACCAGUUCUACAGUGUGGAAGUGGGAGACUCCACCUUCACAGUUUUAAAACGUUAUCAGAAUUUAAAGCCCAUCGGCUCCGGUGCUCAGGGAAUUGUCUGUGCGGGCUAUGAUGCUGUCCUCGACAGAAAUGUAGCCAUCAAGAAGCUGAGCAGACCCUUCCAGAACCAGACCCAUGCCAAGAGGGCAUACCGGGAGUUGGUGCUCAUGAAAUGUGUCAAUCACAAAAAUAUUAUCAGUUUAUUAAAUGUCUUCACACCACAGAAAUCAUUAGAGGAAUUCCAGGAUGUGUACCUAGUGAUGGAGCUGAUGGAUGCCAACUUGUGCCAGGUGAUUCAGAUGGAGCUUGACCACGAGAGAAUGUCCUACCUGCUCUACCAGAUGCUGUGUGGCAUCAAACAUCUGCACUCAGCCGGCAUUAUUCACAGGGACCUCAAACCAAGCAAUAUAGUGGUGAAAUCAGACUGCACCCUGAAGAUCCUGGACUUUGGUCUGGCCAGGACUGCAGGCACCAGCUUCAUGAUGACCCCUUAUGUGGUGACUAGAUACUACAGAGCCCCGGAGGUUAUCCUGGGGAUGGGAUACAAAGAGAAUGUGGAUAUAUGGUCGGUGGGGUGCAUUAUGGGAGAAAUGGUGCGCCACAAAAUCCUCUUCCCUGGGCGGGACUACAUCGACCAGUGGAACAAGGUGAUCGAGCAGCUGGGCACACCGUCUCCAGAGUUUAUGAAGAAGCUUCAGCCCACAGUGAGGAACUAUGUGGAGAACCGGCCAAAAUAUGCAGGCCUCACCUUUCCUAAACUCUUCCCCGACUGCCUUUUCCCUGCUGACUCUGAGCACAACAAACUCAAAGCUAGCCAGGCCAGAGACCUGCUGUCUAAGAUGCUGAUCAUCGAUCCCGCUAAACGGAUAUCGGUGGACGAGGCCUUACAGCACCCCUACAUCAAUGUGUGGUAUGAUCCAGCUGAGGUGGAGGCGGCCAGAGAUCUCAUCCAAAUAUCCAUGCCUCCACCUCAGAUCUAUGACAAGCAGCUGGAUGAAAGAGAACACUCCAUUGAUGAAUGGAAAGAACUAAUCUACAAAGAGGUGAUGAACUUUGAGGAGAGAACGAAGAAUGGCGUUGUGAAGGGACAGCCUUCACCUUCAGGUGCAGCCGUGAACAGCAGCGAGAGCCUCCCUCCCUCCUCCUCCAUAAACGACAUCUCCUCCAUGUCCACCGACCAGACCCUGGCAUCAGACACUGACAGCAGCCUGGAGACCUCUGCAGGACCCCUGGGGUGUUGCAGGUGACUAGCCGCCUGCCUGCGCAACCCCAUGUUCUUCCGAAGGUGAAGAACCCAACCUGAAACGUCCAACUGAAAAUACACACACACAAAAAAAAAAAGAGUAAAGAUCAAAAUGAAUAUAUUAAGAACAAAAACAUGAGUUAUGGAAACACAGAAUCUGAAAUGAUGAAAUCUAAAGCCUGUGCAUUGUCAUUCAAAAACAGCAGUGGUAUUUAAACUGAAGUUAAUGAGCUGAGAUAUAUGUUAAUGAUCCUCUAGUUGCUUUGCUUAUAUUACCCCACAUAUCUUGUAUAUGGCAUCCAAACAAAAAUGACCAAAUGCUUCGACUUGCAUCUCCUGUAAAGUGCAUAUUGGCUGGCUGCUGGUCUCCCAAAUCCUUACGAAAAGCAUUUAUGCUCCAAUCAUUGUGGCAAGGUGGGCUGCCAUUUUGCUAAUCACUACUGUACAAUACAAACGUCAUUCUCCUUUUCCCCCUCUCCCUCUUUAACCCUUAUGUAACAACACUGCUGUAUUUUAACCUCUAGGCUUUGGUCUUAGACGUACCCACCCAACACAAUCCCCCAAUGUAAGGUUGCCUGAUUUGUGUGUUUUUAUGUGGUUAUUCUGCAGGGACACGUAGUCGCUGUUACCCAGAGCGGCGCUCCCUGCACUACUUGUAAAUAAUGUAAUUCUGUACAGCUGAAGGGCACACAGAGUGGGACUGACGGCCAGUACACUGGGAGUUUUCCUUUUUUUCUGACUAGCGCACCUUGCCACAUCACUGCUUUCCACCUCAGUUGCCCCCUGCCUAUUGCUGUAGUUCUGCAUGAUUAGAUUUAAAACAAUGCUAAUCUCACUGUAUGCUAAAAUGAGUCUGUAUAGGGACUUUUGUUUAUAUACGAUGUAAACUAACUCCAGACAUGGGGGGUCUGGUCACAGGAUAGGACUGUGUGAAUGUGUGUGUGUGUCUGCUUGUGUGUGUGUGUGCGUGUGUGUGUGUAUGUGUGUGUGUGUUAACCACAGGCAAGCCAUUAAGACAUUAGUAAAUGUCAGGGCUGAGUUCGGGACUUAAAGGGUCAGUACACUCAGUAGAGUGAAUUAUUUUGAUUGUGCUCAGACUUCUACCUUCGAGGAGUUUCAAAAGUCUGAUUUGUGUGUAAUGUCCCUUUUAUUUCUCCUGGCAGCGUAUGAUCGGUCCCUCCUCCGCCCCCACGGGCUGGUCUACAGCCCUGCAUGUCAUUGUGUACCAUUAAUCCCUCAUAGGCACAGGAGGUUGGUCUGUUUCACUGCGGUGUUACCACACAGAGACUAUUCUUAUUUAUUUGACUGAAACAUAGAAGGCUUUUAGAAAGAGAUGAUACAGUCGGUGGUUUAAAGGCGGGCGAUGAGUUUUAACCUCAAAGCAAUGUAUCAUUUUGUUCUAAAGUAAACCGACAUCGUGUCACUACACAACAUCUCAUGCCGUAAGAAGGAUAACUGCAUAGAGGCUCCCCAACCGUUAUGUUGACCACAUUAUUUCUUAGCUGGAAGAUUUAUUUAUUGAUUUAUUUAUUUUGAUAGAUGGAACCUGAAUAUGGCAAGUGCCUUUUGGAAUGAAGCAUUGCAAGUGCAGAUAUGAUGAUAUAUUAUUUUUUGGUAUUUUUUCCUCUGCUUCUUCUUUUUCUGCCUUAAAACUAUCAGAACCCCCCAAGCCACUAAAUUUGGUGGGGAAAAAAAAAAAGACAGAUGCUGGCCAGAUGUUUGGCGCUUUAACUUUGGGUUUUAACCAGUGACAGUGAACUUUUGUGGCGUGGAAUCAAAUCACUUUCCGCAGAUUGUAUGACUUAAUGCUUAUGCUAGUUUUUUUUACGCAACAUGAAAGGUUUUCUGCCAUUUUACGUCUUGAUUUCAUUUCAUUUCUUCAUAAACCAGUGUGACCAGAUUUUCUCAAUCUGGGACACUAGCAUACACACUUACAUGCACUGUUUGCAUUGAACUCGACAAAGGCGUGACAGCUGUAGUACGUUCUUUCUCUCUCUCACACACUUUUAGAUUUAAAAAAAAGAAGAUGUACAGUAUGUUUGGGAGACACGGUCCUUGCCUACAUACAAACAUUGCACCAAGAGAACCUAAGCCAUCUGAUGUCCAUCCCUUUCAAAGAUUUUUAGCUGCAGUUGUGAAUAUGCAGUGGUUGAUUGCAGUUUAGGUUUUACUACAGUUUACUUUUCAUGCUUUAGAUUAAAUACACUAGAAACAAAGUAGGUGAUCUGUUAGUUGUUUAUUAGUUGUGUAUAUGCUAUUUAUACUUAGUUAGUAAUGAAUGAAAAAAGGAAUUCACAUUAAUUUGGUUUCCACUGCCAUAUUUCAUGUUCUCAUGCAGGUUUACGGACAAAAGAAUCAUUAACAAGCAAGGAAAUAAUUUCUGUUGUAAUAAUUCUACUGUCGGUUGGAGAGACAUUUUAGGUAUUUCGAGCUGUGCGAACAAAACAAACUUUAGGUAUGCAUAAUAAAUUGGACUACCUGUCUCAUGGUGUCAUGACUCAUGUAGAAAAAUAAGGUCUCUAGACAAAGAAUGCUUUCGCUGUCCCUUCAUGAAACAAAUGGGGACAUCUGUGUUUGUUUUCGAGCACGUCAAAAAACACCAUUUACAACAAUUUCUAAGGAUAUCACCAUAUUUCCUACUUCUGGAAUUUGCAUGGCUCAUACAGUGUGUUCAGUCCCAGUCAUGGCAUUGUUAAAACAUCGUUCAGGAGAUGUAGUGACUGCACUGUUUACGUAUGUUUCCUAACAUGUCAUUUAACAUCUCUAAUUGUAUCUCUGCUACAGCGCAGUGGUUUACUUUUUGCAUGGAGUCUACCUAAAACACCCUGUCGCUGUGCGUACGUAUCAAAAUCCCUUCGCAAAAUGAUAUACGUUACUUCUAAAACACUCUUUCUGCCUCCAUUCUGGCUUGUGUACAGUGAACCACACACAGACUUACAGUACCUUCACAGAGCUAAGAGGGUAACUGAGGGCGGUGUCUCCAGAAUAAGCUACGGCAAGCUUGGCUUUCUGUUCAGGGUCUGGCCAGGGCAGUCCUUCAAAACAGGGUACAACUUUAAAAAUCUUUGUGUUUUAAAAAUGUUCAGAUCAUGUUUGGGUCAACUCCUAUACCACAAAUACUCACAAUACUGUUUGUGGUUAUUCUACAGGGCAUUUUUAACCAUCCCAAUUACACUAUUCUUUUCCUAUCCUUACAUGUUCUGGUCACUGAGUACAAUACUGAAUAUAAUACUGAAACAUAUUUUUUUCUGUCUCUGAAUGUGAACUUCGGAUCCUUUUUUUAUAAGACAACCCUCCAGACAAUUCUGUUGUAAUAAAAAAAGGUGCUUUUGGAAGUAGUAGAGAUGAAUCUAACACAGAAACAGCUGGGUUGUCAGCACUGAAUGUAGAAAUGAAUUGUUACACUCGUGUCAUGGCUGCUGCUUUGUCAUCAGUGCGUGUGUGCGUGUGUGAUUUCAAAUUAACCAGCAUUGAACACAAACUGUCUGUAAGGUCAAAUUGGAAGAUGUGAUCUGGCAUCCGGACAGAUAAUUUCACACGUUUUUUUUCCAGACUUUUUUUUCUUUCAAUACAAGAUCAUGACUUUUUGUGGGAUUGCUUUUCAAAGAAUGUUCGCUGGCAAGUCGGUACAGUCAUGUGUUUGGAAGUAGUUCAUGUGUGUAUUCAUGUUCAGUCACUUAAACUUUAGAAAUAGAAAUGUGUCAACUACCAAUCCUGCUCCUAAUUUCUGCCACAAGGGAUUUAAAAAAAAAUCUCUUGUGGAUCCAGGAUUAGCCAAAAUUUAUGUCUGACUAUGUCUGACUCAUUCAGCCAUAAAAUUAUUGCCAAUUUGAAAUAUGUGUCACACGUUAGGAUACAUCUUGUACUCAGCUGUGCCAACAUGAAAUCUUUGGACUCAGUACUUGUGAUCCCCAGCUUAUUGAUUUUCACCUCUUUCUUUCAAGUCAUAUUGUAAAUAACAACAAUCCAACAAUGCAAUAAACACUUUAUUGUACUCAGAUAGGGAGGCAAGCUACUGCAAGGGUCAGGUGAUGCUAAAAUGUUUAGAGUCUUAAAUGUGGACGGGAAAUGUGGAACUACUACAAUGAUGAAACCCUGUAUAGCUCAUCUGAAUCAGGUGAUGUUGUUCUUCGAUUCUUUUAUGAUUCCUUCUCUCUCGUUUCUUUUACUCCGUGCUGUUUUAAUGAAUCAUUCUUUUGACAUUGUCAGGUUGAAAAAAAAAAGGAAAAAAAAAAAAAGAAAUUGUAUCUGUUUCACGCUGAUCUCAAAGCUUCAGGCUAUAGCGUUUCAAAUAAAGUCAAAUGCAAAAGAAAAAGAAAAAAAUUACUGAAAGCUGUUACUGUAAACACAACAUUUUAAAGGAACUGUGUAUGUAAAAAUAGUAUAUGUAUGUGAUUGAAAAUAAACAAAACCUUUGAUCUUGGA